CCUCACAUCAUCUCUUGCAAAACAUUCCAUUUUCCCAUCUGUUCUUCUCUCUACUAUAGCAUAUAAAGUGAUCCAUAUUUCCUAUUACUUUCAACUUCAUUUUUUGCAUUACGUGCUACACUAUGCGUUCAAGAAUCUCGGAUCCUAUUGGAGCUCACUCUCAAAAACACUUGGACUUGAACUCAAUAAAAGAAUUGCCAGAGUCCCAUGCAUGGACAUCCUCAAAUGAUCAUUAUCCGUCUAAUGUUUCAUGUGACUUCGAGUCUAUUCCGGUGAUCGACCUCGACAACGACAAUAUUAAUGUACUUGAAAAUAUAGGUCAUGCAUGCAAGAAAUGGGGUGCAUUCCAAAUUAUUAACCAUAAUAUAUCAGAGAGGCUACUCCAAGAUAUUGAAGUGGCCGGAAAGAGCCUUUUUUCACUUCCUAUGCAGCAAAAGCUAAAGGCCUCUCGUUCUCCUGAAGGUGUCACCGGUUAUGGUGUGGCUCGCAUAUCGUCUUUCUUCUCAAAGCUCAUGUGGUCUGAAGGGUUCACCAUUGUUGGCUCCCCGAUUGAACACGCACGCCAACUUUGGCCUAAAGAUUACAACAAAUUCUGUGAGAUAAUAGAAGAAUACGAAAAGGAAAUGGAAAAGCUAGCAGGAAGACUAAUGUGGCUUAUGCUUGGGUCACUAGGGAUAACAAAAAAUGAUGUUAAAUGGGCGGUUGGCCCAAAAGGAGGCUGUGCUGCCUUACAACUAAAUUCUUACCCGGCAUGUCCAGAUCCGGAUCGGGCCAUGGGUCUUGCAGCCCAUACAGAUUCAACCAUAUUAACAAUUCUUCACCAAAACAACACAAGUGGUUUACAAGUUUUUCAGGAAGGGAAUGGUUGGGUCACUGUCCCUCCAAUGCCUGGUGCAUUAGUAGUUAAUGUAGGUGACCUUUUACACAUAUUAUCAAACGGGUCGUACCCGAGUGUUUUACACCGGGCGGUUGUGAACCGGACCCGACAUAGGCUUUCUGUAGCCUAUUUAUAUGGUCCACCGUCAGGGGUAAAAAUAUCACCCCUGACAAAAUUGGUGGACCAAAAGAACCCGCCCUUAUAUAGGGAGGUGACAUGGAGUGAGUAUUUGGGCACUAAGGCCAAACAUUUUGAUAAGGCGCUUUCAUCUGUACGGCUUUGUACCCCUCUAAAUGGAUUUGCCGAUGCCAAAGAUCAUAAUGGCGUGCAAGUUGGCUAAUUCACUGGAGACACUUUCAUUUAAUUGUUUUUGUUUUCUAAGAAGAUAUACUAGUAUUUUUCCUUUUUCUCUC